AUGGAUAGCUACGAUAUGUUGCGUCCGAUCAAAUACACCCAGCACAAAAAGGUCACAACAAUGGUGGCUGUGAAUCCAUCAAUGGCGGCAAAGUCUAAGAAGCCUUCUGAUCGCCAAAAGUCGUCGUUCCCGAAAGUUGUACGGAUAUCAAUGACUGAUCCUGAUGCCACCGACUCAUCCAGUGACGAUGAAGACGAGUUAUUCGGACGCCGGCGAGUUAAGAACUUUGUUAAUGAGGUUAACAUCCAAACCUCGUGUAAAACCGCCGUGGCAGCGGUGGGUGGUCGGAAAAAGGGAAUGAAAACCGGUGAGGCUGCACUCCAGGCAAAACAGAAGUCAAUGAAGACCACCGGAGCUCCGGCGGUUCCGGCGGGUAGUGUUCGGAAGUUCCGAGGAGUACGACAAAGGCCGUGGGGCAAAUGGGCAGCUGAAAUACGGGACCCAGCUAGACGUGUACGGCUGUGGUUGGGAACCUACGAUACGGCAGAAGAAGCUGCCAUGGUGUACGACAACGCCGCUAUCAAACUACGUGGUCCCGACGCUUUGACCAACUUCGUCACACCGCCGGCGAAGGAAACUACGCCGGAAAUCAAUGUUCCGUCCACUUCCGGUUACGAGUCCGGCGACGAGUCAAACAACCUUCCAUCUCCGACUUCCGUCUUACGGUUCGAGAGCGAGAGCAACUCGAAAGAAGGACUCGAACCGGUUAAGGAAGCUGAGGAGUGUCAAUCGGAUAACGGGUCGGGUCAAGAGAGAUCAGAGUGUCAAACGGUUCGUGAACUCAGUCCGAGUCAACAUCAAGAAUCCGAUUCGGGCCAUUUUGGUGAUAUCAUAAGUGAUCAAUUAGAGAUGGAUGUACCAUUCUUGGAUAAUCUAUUUGAUUUCCAAAUGCCCAACCCGGUCGAUUUCGAGGAUGACUCACCAUUCCUAAAAUACUCCCCCAUCGAUGACUUCGACUUACCCGACCCACUCCAAAUUGAAAACGAAGCCCCGUCAUCCGAAUACGUUACGGACGAUAACUUCGCCACAAUACCCUUCGAUGACCCCCAAAUUUGGUGUACGGAUGCUAAUAACAACACGUUAUGGGACGAAGACUUUGGAAUCUGUAAUGACAUGAUGCUUGAUGUCACAUCAUCAUCGAUACUAAAAGUCGACGAUUACUUUCAAGACAUCACCGGCGACUUUCUUCCAGCCGAUGUUUUGAUGACCGGGUGUUUCUAAAACCCGUAUCAUCCGGUUAGGUGACUAAAUAUCACGUAACAAAUUUUGCCCCGAUGACAGUUUUGUAAAACGACAAUAGUCGUUAUGGUAACUAUAUAUCACUUAGGACUUCUUUUUCCCUUUUAAUUUAUGUAUCUUCGGAAAAACGGAGAUUUGAGUGAGCUUAU